CAGCUGCCUGGAUACGGCCCCGCGCCUCUCCCGCUUGGCGGUGGCCGCCCGGCCCCUCCCUCCGCGGACCCGGCUAGCUGAAGGCUCCGAUCGGCCCAGAGGAGUCGCCAGGGUCUGGGCAUGGAGAGCUCGGCGAGCGACCCAUACCGGCGGCCCGCGCGGCGCACUCAGUGGCUGCUGAGCGCCUUGGCUCACCACUAUGGGCUGGACCGCGGCGUGGAGAACGAGAUCGUGGUGCUGGCUACUGGUCUGGACCAGUACCUGCAGGAGGUUUUCCACCACUUGGACUGCCGGGGCGCGGGCCGCCUGCCGCGCGCCGACUUCCGUGCGCUCUGCGCGGUUCUGGGACUGAACGCUGACGGGGAGACGGCCACGGAGGACGCAAACUCCGCGGAGGCGGCGGCCAAGAGCCCGGCUACUGGGAUGAUCGCUGGCGGGGACGCGGACGUCAGGGAAGAGGCGCGCCUGGCUCUGCGCGCCGACCCUCCUGAGCUCACCUUCCGCCAGUUCCACGCGCGCCUCUGUGGCUACUUCAGUAGCCGAGCGGGACCUCGGCUGCCCCGCGGAGCUCUCAGCGAGCACAUCGAGACACAGAUCCGCCUCCGCCGCCCGCGCCGCCGCCGCCGGCCUGGCUCACCGAGCCUGCACAGCGGCGCCUAUGGCGAGCGCGUGGCACAUCUAGAGGAGGAAAACAGUAGUCUACGCGAGCUGGUGGAGGACCUACGAGCUGCGCUGCAGAGCAGUGACGCGCGCUGCCUGGCCCUUCAGGUCGGCCUCUGGAAAAGCCAGUCGGACAUCCCGGAAGCCGCGGCGCACGAGCUGCAGCGAGCGCAGGGCGCUCUGGCAGAGGCGGAGGCGCGCGCCCGGCGGCUGCAGCGCGGACAGGUGGAGGUGCGGCUGCGCACGGAGGAGGCUCGGCAGGCGGUGCGGCGGAGCUUGCACCGAGUGCGGGAGCUGGAGGCGCUGGCUGGGCGCGUCCCCCGCUUGCAGCGCCAGGUGCAGCGACUGGAGGCAGAGCUUAGACGUUACAGGUCAGAAGGACCUCAGCUCCUAACACCCCCACAAGCCAGUCCAAGGCCAGGAAGGAGGAAUGGUGAGCCUACGGCUGGAGGAACCAGCGAUUCAGACACCACUCCAGAUGGAGUUCAGCAGUCAGACAGAAGCUUAAGGGGCAGAGACACAGAUGAAGAGGAUGAGCAGCUGUUCCGCUCCGUGGAAGGCCAGGCCGCCUCUGAGGAGGAAGAGGAAGAAAGGUGGCAGGAAAAGCCAGAGCACCCACAGGCCCACAGCGAGGUACCCCUGGUGCAACUCUCAGGCUGUGUGAGUAGGUGUGACGACCAGACAGCUGAGCCACUCAAGGCUUCCUUUGGCCACUGUGAUGGCGCUGAGCACAUCUGUACCCUAGAGCUGGAAAGCCAUGUCACCGGGCUCGGGGAACAGCUGCAGACGCUGGGCUGCAGCAGAGAGACCCUGGGGACACCGGAGGAGGAGGAGGCAGAACUGCAGCAGAUAGUGGAAACUGAGCAUCUGAGGCUGGAACUGCAGAUGGUGGAGACAGAGCGGGUCCGGCUGUCGCUGCUGGAAGAGAAGCUGAUGGAUGUGCUACAACUCCUGCAAAGGCUCCGGGACCUGAACAUAUCAAAAAGAGCCCUGGGGAAGAUGUUGCUGAAUGCCCUGGACCGGAACCCCCCACAGGAGGGCACACAUGGUGCCUUGGCCGUCUUAGACACCUUGCACCAAGCCUUGGUUGGCUGUGAGCUUCUACAGAGAAAUCCCUCAGCACCAGCAUCCACGGCUCCUGCACACACGAACCCCUUCCUCAUCUCCUGCUGAGCUCGCUGGCCCAGCCUUGGGCCACCAUGGUUGUCCCCAUCAUCAGACCAGCCUUGACCACAACCAGACUAGCUCCAUGAUCCUCCAUGAUCAGCCUGACCACUGUGGGACCUAGCACUGGAUGUCACUGGACCAGCCGCUAUGGCCAUCACCAUCAUCACACCAGCCUUAACCACAACCAGACUAGCUAGCCUCCAUGUUCAACCUAACUACCAUGGGACCCAGCACUGGCCAUCACUGGACCCGCCGCCAUGGUUGUCCUGGCUACCAGUCCAGCCUCCAUGGUCAGCCUGGCCACUGUUGGAUUGCCUUCUGCCAUCUGAACACUCUCCACAAAUGGUCAGACUCUUGUCACUCUCUCAGAACUCCGGCAGCCAAGGCUCCUUCCAAUACUGGGUCUGGCAGCGAUGACCCCUUUCUUGGACCUCUGACAUUCUCAGACCCCCACACACAUUAAAAGCCUGAAGUUGCUAGAUCAGUCUGAACCUGAGGCUGUUGCCCUUAUCCUGGGCACAGUACACAGUCAUGUGCCUGCUAGGUCCAGUCUCCGGGGCACACCUAAUCACUGUGGAAUUCCCCACAUCCAAGGCUGUGUUGAGACUAGGACUAGGAACAGCAGAGAGCUCCUAGGAGAAAAUGAAGUCUGUAGGCUUGUGAGUGGAAGCUGGGCUGUCACUCCACCCAAGAGGAGAGGUGGGAUGUGGGUAGGCACAGAGAGGAAAGGCACAAGCAGAUCAAAGGAGGGAUGCUACCAAGGACCCACCCCCUCAGCCCCUCAGGAGUCAGUGCCCAAGGCCAGGCACCAAACAGGUAGGUCUGAGCAGCGGGAUGCCUCCUUUUGAUCCUCCCUGCUCAGCCUGAGCCCACAAGGCCCUGCUUGCCCCAGCCGACUGAACUAUCCUAUUUGGCCUGCUCAAGAAAGGCCUGAUCAGACUGUAUGUGUUCAAGAACUUUGUGUGGACAACCAUGCAAGGAAAAACUCCAGGGGACCAGGCAAAGGGGAACCCCCACUUUGGCAAGUCUAACUCUGUGAGCUCAACACUGACCCUCCCAGGAAAGACAGAAGAAAAAUCACUGAAUACUUCUGGGAGGAGGAGGACCAUGACCAGUGUGGAAUCUGCUCCUGCAUCCUGGGCUUUGUUUUCUGUCUUUCUCGUGCUGGGAUGUCCAAGCGCUACAGGAGUUCCCAACCAUGCACACCAUUGGCCUCACUCUGUUCUUCUUCAACAAGCUGCCAUCGAGAGAAAGCAUUUCACUGGAGCCUGACAGGUGCAGGUUUCAUUAGAGCCUUGAUAAACUGGGAGGGGGGGAAGUCCUGCAGCCCAUCCCCAGAGCUGGCCAGUCCCAGCCAGGGGAGGGGAGACCAGAGGCAAGUGCAGGCUCGCUGAAGCAGCCAUGAUCACAGGCGAUGUGUUUGGCUGUUUGACCUGGAGGAGGAUCCCCCUAUGUUGCUAAGGCUAUCCUCCUGGCUCCCAGGUAUCUGGAACAAUAGGCCAUAGUCCCAUAUGCAGCUAACUAAUCCUGGAAUAACAGAACACCUACUUCCUACAUUUUUCAUUUCCAUGUCACUAAAGACUCAGCUUCUGGAGUUCCUAACCCAGCACAUGGAGUCAGCCUUUAGCAGAAGGCGAUCUGAAAAGACAGUCAUCCCUGACUGUAUCAGAGAGUCACGAACCAUCUGACUAGGAAUUGGAACAUCUGGUUACCAGGCAGCUCUAAAGGAUGAGGCCAGCCACAUGCAAAGCCAAACGAGCAACACAAGCAGGGGAUGCAUAUCCCAAGGAAGAGCCAGGAAUUGCUCAGAGUUAUACAACCGAACAGAGCAAAGAAUUCUCCUCUAGGCUCAGAGACGACGGUAGGAACAAGGAAGGACUCCAGAGCCUAAGGACACAACCUAGAAAAUUCUAAAACUGAAUGCAGAGAUGAAAGGUCUAUGAACAAGGAGCAGAGAAAUCUUAGAAGUGUUGGACAGCUACAACAUGUAUAACUAAGUGGGUGAAGAACACAGACGGAAGUUAAAGCAGAGAUGACUUUGAAUGUCCCCACACUCCUGUCAGACACCAAAGCACAGAUCUAGAAGACUAAAAUAGCACAAGCAGAAUAAAUGCAAAGCGAAAUUAAAAUUAAAGUGAUACUGAAGCCAGGCAUAGUGAUGCACACCUGGAAUUCCACCGCUCAGGGGGCUAGGGUGGAGAACCAGGAGUUUAUGGCCAGCCCAAGCUAGAUAGUGAGAGAGGAGAGAGAGAGACACUGAGAUGGGAAAGAAAACAGCCUAAUACCCAUUGUGUCUUGCAAAGUUACUGUCCAGAUCAAAGGAAUAAAGACUUUCAGACAAACAAAACUCAUCUGGGCUUACAAGAAAUAAAAGAGGUUUUUUGGGAGAAGGGAAAUUAUACAAACAAUCAUUUUUGAUUCAUAUAAAGAAAAAAACACAAAAGAAAGAAUAAGUUAAGGUAGAAAAAUCCCUUUAUUCCUCUUAUUCUUUCUUACCUAACCAAGAGCAGUUUGUUGAUGAUCUGAGAAGGAAGCAUGUAUUUCGUCCAGCUUUUAUGAGUGGAAUGCCCAGAACGGGCACAGGACAGCGAAGGAACUGGGAACGGCCUGCUAUUGUGGAGCCUGGGUAGCUUUGCUGCCCGUCAAGCAGCACAGUUGUUGGAAAUGGACUUGGAUAGAUGAGUGUUUCAAUGUUAGAACAGCCACUAGGAAAGGAGUGGGGAGGGGCAGCGAAGGAGAGAAGGUGGGGUUACAGAAAAUGCUUAAUCAGAACCGCAAAUGGCAGAAUAGGAGCCAAAGACAGACCAUCAGAGGUCAAACGAGCAGUCGAGGGAGACAUGAGCACCUGUCAGAAUCACCCUCAAAUGUUAAUGGUCUCAUUAUAACAACCAGAAGAUGGAGAUUCUCAGACCAGCUAGCCACAUGCUGUCUGUCUGCAAGAAUCCACUUGAAGAGGCUGGGAGACAGCUUAACACUUACUGUUCUCUCAGAGGACCUGGAUUCAAUUCCCAGCACCCACAAGGCCACUCACAACUUACUGUAACUCCUGUCCCAAGUGAUCCAAUUGCCCUCUUGUGACUUUUCAGGCAUGCAUGUGAUACACAAACAUACAUUCCAGCACAUACACAUAAAGAAAGAAAUAAACUUCUUCAAAUAAAAGAAA